AUGGAAUUCCAAAUCCCGGCUGAUCAUGCCCACGGGCCGGUAUCUCCUGGCACUGAUGCAGACAAUGACAUUGCUCGCUCCACCUUCUUCUCGGUGUGGCCUAAUCAAAGGGAACUCGACAUAAUAUUCGGAGACUCAAUCCACAAACUAUGCAGCCUGUAUCCCUUGAUAGGCACCUUUGGCGGCUCGAAGAUGGAUUGUCAACAGCAGAAGCCAUCUUCCAUUGAGCAGGUGCUCCAGUCACCGCGGCCAAAAUCAAACCCUGCAGCAUACGCUCGAUCGCUUCUCCUUCUCGCCGUAUGUCUUCAAGGCAGUGAUAUUGGACAAAAUUACGCUCCAUCUAACCUCAUCUUUGAUCAUCAAGAUGUCAUAUCGCGCGCUGUGACCUCAGCGCACAAGAUAUUGGGACAUGAAGCAGACAACGAGACUGAAACAAGUCUUGAAGGCAUUAUGUGUCUUAUCCUUGAGAGUAUGUAUCACUGUUUCGAGGGUAAUCUGCAAAAAGCUUGGCAUACCCAUCGUCAAGCGAUGCUCAUGGCACAAUUAAAAGGCCUUCAUAAGCAGACGGAUCCCAUAACAGGUCAUGCAAAGGAGUAUGAUUAUCACCACAUAUCCCAUCACUUGUGGUUUGAGAUGAUCAAUAUCGAUAGCUAUUAUUGCAUGAUUCUCGGUCUACCCCAGGGAAGUGGUCAGAGCCGUUAUCCGCUUAGUCUAGACUCAUCCAAGCCAAUCACUGCCGAUCCGCAAACCCGGCUUAGGCAGGUACAUUGCAUGGUAGCUGGUCGUAUUUUGGACCGUCAUCACCUAGGUCCCGAAGGCCGGGCGGAGACAAUGGAGAUGGAUAAAAUGCUCCAGAACGCAGCGGGUUGGAUGCCGCCUCGGUGGUGGCUUGACCCUACCAAGUCAUGCUAUGAAUCCAAGACCUUCAGCGGCAUUGAAGAGUCUGGCCGGAUCAGAGAUCAACUAAUGCACUAUCAUCUACUCAUUCAGCUUCAUUGGCCUUACAUGUUAGUUCAAACUGCUAAGCACGAGUUUCGUUACAGUUGUAUGUCAGCCAUGAACGCCAGUCGGGAGUUGCUGGCUCGGUUUGUGGCGCUGAAUAUGCACAGAACAACAAGAUACUACUGUCUCGGUGCGAGUAUGCUUGCUAUAGCCGCAAGUACCGCGCUGUGCAUAUCAUACAUAAAGGUCGGGAAAGAUGGAGAGAUCGGUGGUCUGAUGGAUCAUAUUCUUCAUCAUAGGCCUGCGGAUCGCGGCAUGAUGGAGGUUUCCCUUGAAUCGAUCAAACAAUUAUCCCUGACGCGCACUCAUCCGAGCGUUGUCAAGAUGAUAAGUGUGUUCCGCGAUAUCUUGUCUGUUGAGGAAGAGGUUGCGCGCGGCACCAGUUAUAAGACGGUCUACACGGGCAAUCACACCCACAAUUUUGAAUGCUACUCGAGAAGAGAUGACGAGCGCGUUCAAAUUUAUAUUCCGUCUCUCGGUUCCAUUGAUCUGGUCAGACAGCACGGUUCUCAAAAUACUGCCAUCACUUCAUCGCCGGCAAUGAGCAAUAUUGCAGACUCCGGCCGCCCGAGUGAUAAUGGAACAGCUCCGUUUCCUGGCGCAACGACCAACGGUAAUCAACACCAAGAUAUUAUGGACCUAGAGGUCUGUUUGAACGACACCAUUUUGGACUUUGAUCAACAAUUCCAUGACGAGUGGCUGGUAGAUGAUGUAGAUGGAAGUUUACUGGAUUACAUUGACUGGGGGAUUUCGUCGCGCUCGCGCUCAGGCAUAUGA